AUGCCUACAACAGAAGGAGAGGAGAACCUAAGCCAAGAAUGUAAGGAGCUUAUUCUCUCUCUUCCCAAAGAGAAAGGUUGGAGAACACGAUAUCUCUAUCUCUUUCAAGACUUUUGGUGCCAGCCGGCUGAAAUCCAAGCAAUAAUCACUUUUCAAAAGCACUUCCAAGCCAAUGACAGUGAUGUUAUUGUGGCCACCAUUCCAAAAUCUGGUACCACGUGGUUGAAAGCCCUUACCUUUGCCAUUGUCAACCGACACCGUUUUUCCACCUUAGAGAACCAUCCAUUGCUUACUUCAAAUCCCCAUGACCUUGUUCCUUUCUUUGAAUACACUGUUUAUGGGGAUACACAUGACCAAGUUCCUGACCUCUCCAACAUGACCGAGCCAAGACUCUUUGGUACUCACAUUCCAUUCCCUUCACUGGCCAAGUCAAUCAAGGAGUCCAAUUGUAGGAUCAUUUACAUAUGCAGGAACCCUUUUGACACUUUUGUUUCUACCUGGAUUUUCAUGAACAAAAUCAAGCCAGAGUCUUUACCAGCAUUCGCACUAGAGGAAGCUUUUGAAAUGUAUUGCAAGGGGAUAAUUGGGUUUGGUCCAUCUUGGAACCAAAUGCUUGGUUAUUGGAAUGAAAGCAUAGCUAGACCACACAAGGUUCUGUUCUUGAAGUAUGAAGACCUUAAACAAGAUGUGAAUUUUCAUGUGAAAAGAGUGGCAGAGUUCUUGGGUUGUCCUUUCACUCGAGAGGAGGAAAGUAGUGGAGUGAUUGAAAACAUAAUCCAGCUGUGUAGCUUUGAGAAGAUGAAGGAGUUGGAAGCAAAUAAAUCUGGAACAUUUGGUAGGAACUUUGAGAAAAAUUACUUGUUUCGUAAGGCUGAAAUAGGGGAUUGGGUAAAUUACCUUUCCCCUUCAAUGGUAGAAAAAUUAUCCAAAAUCAUAGAAGAAAAGUUAUGUGGAUCAGGCCUUUCAUUUAAACCGUACUCCUAG